CUCUGCUGCUUUCAUAUAUUUCGGUUGCGCCUUGUACACACCCCUUUUUCUCCUCUCUUUCUGGCCUCCUUCCACCACCCGUCCAUCCAUCUAUCCACCCACUCCACCGCUCACGCUAUACACCCUCUUCUUUUUGUGCUGCCUCCCACCCGAAAAAAGCCGGGACCCGACAACGACCACACGAACCAGGCGGCUUCAGUUCAUCAGUUCGUUCAGCAGAGUUGGUCGUUGCAGCUUUGGGUUUCAGUCGGACGUUUUUAUUUUUGAAUUCUUUUUUACCCUCGUUCACACACUGUAGACAUUGGUGAGAGAGAUCCUCACUCUUGUGGUCUGAAAGACGAAUAGAAACAAUAGGCCGGAUUAACUUAACUAUAUUUCAAGUGAACUAAACGAAAUGUGCUGAUCCUGAAAUGUCUGUUUAUCUAUUCUCGUGAAACCCGAAAAAUUGGAUUAAAUGAAGAGAAAAUCGGUAAAAGAAAAUGUUGAUCAAAAUUCCAAUGACCGGCAGAGUGCUCCACUGACGACGGUCUGGCAGCAUGGCAAUCUUCUUUUGAAAAAAGAGGCUAGAAAAGUCAAGAGACUACGAAAUCGGGGUAGUGUGAGAUGGUUCGAUUGCAGCCUCACCACACAUUCUACCACCUGUUGUUGAGUGACGAUCAUCGGCGACGAUGCAGAUGAAGGAUUUCCUAUUGUUAACAACAACCGAGAAGAACAGCUGAUAUGUGAGUGUUGUGUCGUAUUUGUGUGUACGUGUUACUUUCUAUAGCGGUGCUCUGUUCAAUAUCGACCGCAAAAACCCACGUUACGUGUAAACAGUGACCAUGACGGAAUCGACUCAAGUGGUGGUUUCUAAAGAACGAAGGAGGAUGUUGGAGAUGGCCUUUCCUCUAUACCUGAGUUACCUGACAUCGGAACAGAAACCGGCAGCGGCUUGUUUCGUCCCGGCCCAGGCCGGCAGUGGUGGUGGUGUUGCCGGAACGCCGGCUACCGGCACUGGAACUGGCGCACCUCCGCCCAGUGGCGGAGCCCGUGCUCCAACGGCUUCCGUUCAAGUCCAGGCCAAGACGAUGGAUGGAGCGCCCGUACCCGUUGUACCGAUGGAUUGCUACGAAGACAUGUUUCACGAAAUAGCCAAGAAAUUCUACGGUGAAGGAGCACUAGUGCCUGGAGGCAUCGUUCAACAAGGAACCGACCAGAACGGAACUGUUGCCGGUGGAGGAGGCCAGCAACAACAGCAAGGACAAGCCAAUUCACAGGGGGAAUUGGGUAUGAUGGAUCUAGACUAUCAAGCGGUUGGCAAAGAUGGCCAUUAUCAGACGACGGGUCAAGGAGCUUCAGCGGGACCCACGUUGAUUGUUCAGACGACAGGCGGUCCCGUGUUGCAAGUGACGAUGGAAGCGGCUCCGCACGUCAAUACGGGCGGACACCAUCCAUCGCCGCCAAAGAAACCCAAAAUGAGCGUCAAGUUAAAAAAAGCGGCGGCUGCAGCGGCGGCAGCGGCCGCAGCUGCUGCAGCAGCCGCCGCCGCCGCCGCUCAAAACAACAGCAACGCGGCCGGAGCCAGCGGCAAACCCGUCGAAUCCACAUGGGUGGAGAGCGAUGACCUACUACCAUGGAACUCGUCAAAAGUGGCUUCUUACAAUGCAACUCACAAGCUGUUUCGAUGCCUGGAUUGCGGCUGCGUGGGUUUCCUGGCCCGCAUCGCCGAGCAUUGGCUAGGAGCGCACGCCAACCUGCGUGUGUUCCAGUGCCCGCGUUGCCACUACAAUUCGGCGUGGGCUCGCUGCAUCCGGAUGCACCUGGCCCGCCAGCACAACGAACAGAACCCGGACAGUUCGCUGUGGCGCGAGAAUCCCGUGCUGGAGGAGGUGACCAAAUACCUAUUGGCGCUCAAGAACCGCGUCGAGAGCAAGGACGAAAUGCCGUCGCCAGGCAACGGAGCGGGCGGCGGAGGAGACAAACGGGAUACGGCGUACGAUUUACAAAAGAUUAAGAAAGCUGCGGGAGGUGAUGGUCAUCACGGUGGACAUCACGCAACGGCAGCCGCCGCCAAAGCACCAGCUGCUCACGUUGUUGUUGCCGCAACUGUUCCUCCUACUCAAGUCCCUUUUUACACAACCGUGGCGGUACAACAGCAACAACAACAACAACAGCAGCAAAGUAGCCAAUCGGUGGCCAGUCAAAACAAUCAACAACAGCAGCAGCAGCAACAACAGCAGCAGCAGCAACAACAACAACAGCAAGUGGCGGUCCAGCGUCCUCCUGCGACAGUUGUAGCGGCCUAUCAAUCCCAUUUGGGGUUGCCGGCCUUCCCCAGUCAGCCCACACCUACGCAAGCCUAUAAAAGUUACACAACACUCGGAGUGGAAGCCUUAGUCCGACCGACUCACACCAUCGCCACACCGACGAGUCAGCAGCAGCAGCAAAACAGUUCGACGUCGGGUCAGUCGUCUCAGGCGUCUGGCGGUGGCGAGAAGAAGAAGAAGGAAAAGUUGUACGCCUGCACCUAUUGCGCCUGGCGAGGAGUGGACAAUUGGUGCCUCAAACGCCAUCUCAACACCCACAUCAAACCCUACCUCUGCGUCCUGUGCGACUACAAAGCGGCCCGCUCCGAACGGCUGGCCACUCACGUCCACAAAGUUCACAAUAAGCGAAUUUGCGGCAAGUGCAACUUUUUAGCAGACGACCAGGACGCCCUCAGCCAACACAUGCGUGAACAUCAUCAGAAUCCCGUAGUCAAAUCGGAGAGGAGUAUCGUCAACGCCAAGGGCAAAAAGGCAAAUCAGCAGAAGCCACUGAUGGAUCAAAUGGAUGAAACGGGACCGGAUGUCGUGGGGAUGGAAAAUCGUCCUAAUCAAAUUCUGCUUCAGUGUGAACUGUGCGAUUUCCGUACCACCGAUGGCAACCUAAUUCAUGCCCACUUGGCCGAAAACCAUCACCGUUCAACAAAUGGUACAAUGGAAACCUGCCAAAACUGAUGGACUCGCCAAUACAAUCUAUUGGAAAGAAUAUAUAAUUUUACAUCCGUUUUAUUUGUAAUUUUGCACAAUUAACCUGAGUAGCCUUCAAGUAAUCCGUUCAUUUACACAGGUCGUCGUUAUGGUUUAAUAAUGUUCCCGUUAUAAUUUUUAUCGAAUGUUUACCCCUGCCAAUUUAAGUGUUGCCGAUUUAAAAAAAAUCACAUUCGAUUGUUUACAUCUAUGCUGCUGAAAAUAAAGAGUAAAAGACA